AUGGGAACAAAUGUCCUCGCCUUGACAGAGGAUCUGAAGGUGUUUGUUACAGUGUACCGACUCAAGGGCCGCGCCGGCUCCAAGCCCCUGGCCGUCUGCCUGCCCGACGUCCCCCACGUCUACCGGUACUGCAAGGUCCGCGUGCCUGAUGAGCUGCUGCACGACCUCCUCCCAGGCCCGGUGACGCUCGUCCUGGAGCGCUCGGAUGCCCUCAACAAGGACCUGAAUCCCUUCACCCCACUAGUUGGUGUUCGCAUCCCCGGUCACUGGUUCGUCAGGGAAGUGGCCAAGCUGUGUGCAGCCCCUCUGGCCUUAACAAGUGCAAACCUCAGUAACAAAGCAAGUAGCCUCACAGUCACGGAAUUCCAGGAGCUCUGGCCUCACCUGGCGCUGAUUGUGGACGCAGGCCCAAUUGGGGACAUCCAGAGUCCAGAGUGCCGUCUGGGCUCCACUGUGGUUGACCUCUCUGUUCCUGGCAAGUUCAAGGUUAUUCGGCCAGGCUGCGCCCUUGCCCAGACGGUGGAAAUCCUGGAGAGCAAGUAUGGACUGAGGAGUGAUUUGCCUAGUUCAUGAAGCACUCGGCUUCUGGGAAGCUACAUGUUGGACAGCAAUCCAGAGUGCCCUUCCCUGCUUUGUAAGAAGAAAGGUGGUGGGAGUGAGCUCUACUUGGCUGCAAAGAUAGCCGGCCCCCCCAAUUUCCAUGGCACUUUUCUAUGUUCCUGGUCAGAAGAAGACUCAGAAGUACCUAGUACUCUAGGCUGAAUAUCUCUUCCCUCUUUGUCUUUGUUUCCUUUGGGAUUUAAAGGAGGGCUGGCAUAAUCUUGGGUGCCUCUGCUUUUGCCAAGGAGCAAAUCCAUUGCCUCCCUGCUCCUGAACCACCUGGCUUGUGUUAGCUGAAGGGUGAGAGAUCCUUCUAAGGAGCAUUUGAGUGCAAGUGAGAUAGGAGAAGUUUGGUCACAAAAAUAGAGAUACAGAACCAGGGAGCUGCAUGAAGGAAGUGGUCUCGUUCAAGAGAACAUAACUUCCUAAGUGGCACCAGGCUCUCCUGAACUCCAGAGACUGUACUUAAAACAGCCUGGCUCCUGAUAUGACACAGCUAGCUUUGGGACCAAUGGUAUUAAAGGGUGACUUUGUACAGAU